AGAAUUUUUCGCACAUAUACCCCAGACAUUACCCCAGGAUCCUUGAUGUUUUUCUCAACCAUACCACGGUCGUGUUAGGUGAUAGUCGUCCAUCAUGGGUCUCUCCAACCUGCAGGGCAGAAGCCUGCAGCGUCUCAUUGCCACGCUCAGCUCUAUCGCUUUCCUCGUACAAGGCUACAACCAGUCUGUCAUGAAUGGCUUCACCACGCUGCCCACAUUCCUCGCACAGAUUCCGCAGCUGGACACUGUCAACACCACAGGCCACCAGCAAUCUCACAAUGCUACAAUCUUUGGUCUUGUGGUAGCCAUGUUUGAGCUUGGCUCUGCUCUCGGUGCACUCUCUUGCAUUUUUGUCGGUGAUCGCCUAGGUCGUCCGAAGACCAUGCUCCUGGCAGGCAUAAUAUGUAUUAUUGGAGUCGUCAUCCAGGGCUCGACUUUCUCUCUAGGUCAGAUUAUCGCCGGCAGGAUCAUUACUGGUCUCGGAAUCGGCCUCUACACCGGAACCAUCCCCAUGUAUGUCAGCGAAACCGCCGAAGCCAAUCACCGCGGUCCACUUGUCUUACUCGAAGGGCCCUUUGCCCUGGGCGGUCUGGCCAUUGCUUCAUGGGUCAAUUUUGGCAUGUUCUAUGCGUCCGGACCUGUGACUUGGAGGUUCCCCAUCUGUCUGCAGCUGGCCUUCCUCGCGAUCAUCGUAUCGCUUACACCAUUACUCCCAGAAUCACCUAGAUGGCUGGUCAAAAAAGAGAGGAUGGAAGACGCGACAAGAGUUAUGGCCAGGCUUAUGGGCCUUCCCGUCAACGAUGGUACAGUCGUCAGGGAGGUUGCUAUCAUCCAAGCUGCAGUUGCAAGAGAUGCUGGUCACCGCCACAAGUACUCUAGUAACCCCUUCUCCAUGAACGAAAAUCGCCACUUCCAUCGCCUAGUAUUGGCCAUGGUUGCCACUGCGAUAUGUCAACUCACUGGAAUCAACGUCAUUGCCUUUUACUCGACUUCUAUUUUCGAAACAACACUUGGCUACUCCGGCCGCGACGCCAGAGUCUUUACAGCUUGUCUCCAGGUGACCCUUGCGCUGGGUGGACUUACGGCUAUUUUCCUUGUGGAGCGUGUCGGUCGCCGCAGGUUAAUGCUCUUCUCAACCGGCUGCAUGUGCCUUGCCCAGGCUGCUGUAGCAGGAUUAUCAUCGGACUUGCAAAACCCUAAUGCUGGAAGGGCGGCUAUCUUCUUCUACUUCUUCGCAUUGUACACUCUACCGAUUGGUAUGUUUGUGAUCCCGUUCAUGUACGGAGCCGAGAUUGCACCUCUGGGUAUUCGUCACAAGGUCACAGCAAUGGGUGCAGCGACUAGCUGGCUGUUCAACUUCAUGGUCGCCGAAGUGACGCUUACCGCCUUUGAGAAUAUCGCAUGGAGGUACAACAUUGUAUACGCGUGCACCAGUGCUGCCGGAGUCUUGGUGAUCUAUCUCUUCUACCCAGAAACCCGAGGCAGGUCGCUCGAAGAGAUCGAUGAGAUUUUCCUGGCAUCAAAAUCCAUCUUUGAUCCUGUCCGCGUGGCCAAGCAGCUUCCAAUGGGCGGCACUAUUAUACUUGACCCUACCGAAGGCGCCAAGGAUUCGACAGGUGUUGGUCACACUGAGAAGGUUUGAGACGCUUUGGGUUGUCUCUGCAGUUGACCCAGGUGGGACCGGAGGCGGAAAUUGGCUUGUGACUUACCUGACAUUGUGAGGUUGGUCGCAAUGGACGGAGAGGCACGGAAGAAUGCGUGACAGUGUCGCGUAGGUCGUGAUCAUAUCACUAUUCUGAUCGGACUUAGAAGAUGCAUUGUCACUUAUCUCGAGCAAUGUACAUGUUAAAAGACAAGAAAAUAGCAUCAUUGCAUGGUCAUCAGUAAUGCCUGAGGCUGGCCAUGUUCCAAUAUAGGACGCUGAGUACCUUGAUACCCCAAUCAUUGGCGAUUGUCAUAACAUAGAAUGCUCUUAGGGCUCAUGAGACCUCUUACGAAACCUUUCCAACUUCUCCAGAUUUGAGAGAUUAGCGUGGCCACUCUUCCGCAUAAAAGAUAGCUGCCAGCAAGACGUUGAACCUGACCCGGCAAGCC